AUGCACCGAUCUGCAUAUGACGUGCCACCAAUAUUAUCAAUCGGUAUUCUGGGCGAGCGCUGGCCCGCACUCGAAACACUAAGACUCACGAUACCUGCAGAAUACCGAUCUGGAGGAUCAAGGCUGAACAUCACCGUGACUACGCUCAAGUGGUUAUGCCUCACCGGACGACCUAUAGUGACCGCGAUGGUGGGCUAUAUGGCGCAGCAUCCCGAUGCCUUUCCAUUCCUGCGGAGUCUCGAGCUUGAAUCAUGUCCAGAGUGGGACAUUCUCAUCAUCAUGCUCGAACAACGGCUACUCGCCAAUGUCCAGCCACUCGAGAGGCUCAUCUUCUCUCGAGCGAUACCACCACUCCUAAAGAAUGUACUGGCCCAUAAUCCAUGGACACGUCAGAGAACGAUCGUCCAACUACGAGCUAUCAAUGCAGGGCAAUUCUGCUAUCUUUUUGGAUGCGACGAUACCUGGUUGCGUGGAAUGCCAUCUAUACUUGCAUGA